AUGUAUAUUUACUUCACAGUUGUUUACCUCAUAUAUUCAUGUUACGAGCAUGGGAAGGCCUGGAAGGCGCUGUCGCUGGCGGAGAAGCGGCCGUUCGUGGAGGAGGCGGAGCGGCUGCGGGUGCAGCACAUGCAGGACCAUCCCAACUACAAGUACCGGCCGCGCCGGCGGAAGCAGGUGAAGCGCCUGAAGCGCGUGGAAAGCGGCUUCCUGCCCCACGGGCUGGCGGAGGCGCCGGGCGCCGGGCUGGCCAGCGAGGGCAGCAGGAUGUGCGUGGAGAGCCUGGCCCUGUCCUACCCGGAGCAGGGCUACCCCGCCGUGCAGAGCGCGCUGCCCCCGGCGCUGGGCCACUACCGGGACUGCCAGCCCCUGGCUGCCGCCUUCGACGGCUACAACCUGCCGACCCCGGACCCCUCCCCGCUGGACGCGGCGGAGACCGAGCCGGGCUUUUUCACGCCGCCCCUGCAGGACGAGUGUCAGCUGGCGCCCUACGGCUACCCCGCGGCCGAGUACCCCGCGCACGGGGCCGAGAGCCAGGCCAGCGCCGCGCUCCGCAGGCACCUGCCCCGCGCCGAGCCGCUGGGGCAGCUCAGCUCCCUGCAGAGCCUGCUGGGCUGCCAGGGCCCCCUGCACGCCUACUACGGGCAGCUGUGCCCGCCCGCCGGCCCGGCCCGCGCUCCCCAGCUCCCACCGCAGCCCUGCCAGCCCUCGCCGCCGCCCGAGGCGCCGCAGUGCAGGGAGUCGCUGGAGCACCUGUCGCAGGACGAGCUGCUGGGCGACGUGGAUCGCACCGAAUUCGAGCAGUACCUGCACUUCGCUUGCAAGCCCGAGCUAGGGCUCCACUUCCAGGGCCACGAAGCCGGCCUGCCCGCGCCAGACGCCCACGGGCCCAUCUCUUCGGUGGUUUCGGAUGCAAGUACUGCUGUGUAUUACUGCACUUACCCAGACGCCUAAGAGACACGGUCACUCCCAGCGCUCUCGCUGUGUGAAGUAGCUGGGAGUGUGUGGCGGACUCCCUGGUGAUGGGAAGCCUUGUACAGAAGGGUGUGUGCUUUGCUCCUAUUUAUGUAAUUUAUUGGAAUCUUCACUGGAGCUAUGGGACAGCCAACCUGGGUCGAAAAGUACUUAUCUGUUUGAGCUAAAACAUAUUUGUUAUAACAUACAGGUAAGGGUCUUCUAUGGCUGGCUGACCUGCAACUGGUUCAUCUGUUUUAUAUGUCAAUGUCUGUCUGUUUUGUAAGAGUAAUGAUAAAAGUGGUGCCUCUUGCCCACAAUGUUUUUAUAGUUAAACUUUUUAAA